CAUUGCGUAUAUAUCUACCCACUUUACUUUUCGAGAUCGUCGGAUAUACCAUAUAGAGGUCGUCCAUCAUGGCUCAAUUUCAUCCCACCAUUACGCCCGAGUCUUUGAAGGACAAAGUUAUUGUUGUGACGGGCGGCGCCAACGGAAUCGGAGCGAGUCUAGUAGAAUACUGCUGCCAGCAAGGAGCGUAUGUUUGUUUCGGCGAUGUUGCUGAGGGUGCGGGAAAUCAGAUCGCUCAGUCGCUCUGCUCGUCCGGCUCAUCCUCAUCCCCACGAGCCACCUUCCAGCACACCGAUGUCACCAGCUACCAAUCCGUACUCGUUCUUUUUGACCUGGCCCUCAGGACAUAUGGUCGCAUUGAUCAUGCCGUUGCCUGUGCUGGUAUCAUGGAGAUUGGCAACUUGUUCGACCCCGCCUUGACACUGGAGACAGUUCGCGAGGCGCCCACAACCAAAGUCCUCGAUGUCAAUCUGACCGGUUGUCUCUAUGUUGCUCGCAUCGCCAGCGUGUACCUGCGGCAGAACCGCCCGGAAAAUGCAGACCGGUCCAUUACCCUCGUCUCCUCAGUCGCUGGAUUCAAGGAAUCUCCCGGCAUGUUUGUUUACCAAGCUUCCAAACAUGGAGUGCUCGGGUUGAUGCGUUCACUGCGUUUGUACCUAUCUUCUCCAACCCAUCGCAUCCGAGUCAACGCCAUCUGCCCAUGGAUGACGACCACGGCCAUGGUCAAGGGUGUGCAAGAAGCCUGGAUGAAGGCAAAAUUGCCGUGCAACACCCCCGCUGACGUUGCCCACAUCAUGGCCGGCGUCCUGGCAGAUUCAUCGCUCAAUGGCAAGUCCAUGUACGUCGAAGGAGGGCGAGGAUGGGAGAUUGAAGCGAACAUUGAUCGAUUAGAACCCCAGUGGUUGGGUGAAGAACCGUCGCGAUCUCUGACGCAGGGACAAGCAGUCCUCGGCAGUGGCAUGGACUGGGCCCAAUAGCAAAUUGGAUUGUAUCUAUUGCGAGACAAAUCAGAAUAUUCCAUCGUUUGUAUAUGCCACUGGAAGGAACAUCCCAAUGGAGU